GGCAACGGGUGGCGGCAUCGUCAGUAGUCGUUGUCGCGGGGAAGCGUGGGAGAGCAUCGGCGGAAGGGAGUAAGGGACCAAGGGAGGCUGCGGACAGCGGACGAGAGAAAGAAAGCGCGACGUCAGCCGCGCGGCGCGGGUGAGACGAAAGGGUGGCGGAGAGACUGAGAAAGGGAGAGAAAGAGAGAGAGAGAGAGAGCGAGAUAUAUAGAGCACGCGCGUCUCUUCUCGACGUCGACGCAACUGGGUGGCGCAGAAUAGCUGCUCAGUGCUCGUCGAACGGCGCCGCGCUGCGACGGGAUCAUGCCGCCGCGCCCUGCGCCACCGAUCGACCGAUCUCAGGCGGUGUAAUCCGUGGGAGCCGAUGAUCGACUUGACCCGUGAUCCUUGCUGAAAUCAGCCGAUCGAUCGCCGUAAGCGAGGCAGGGGAUCAAAAUGUGACGUCCGAUGUAUCUCUGACGGUUUCGCAUGAACGACCGGACGCGUAUAGCGCUGGACUCGAUAAGGGUAUCCUGGACGACAUGAAUUCAAGCGGAGAAUCUGGCGGAACGAUGUCCGACGAUUACGAGGUGGGCUGCAGCGUCCCGGAAGAGGAGACAGGCUCGAAUCUACCGACGUGGGAGGCCGUGGUGGCCACGCUGACCUUGAGCUUCCUCGUAGUGGCGACAGUGUUCGGCAACGUGUUGGUGAUCCUGAGCGUGUUCACGUACAGGCCUCUACGGAUCGUCCAGAAUUUCUUUAUCGUCUCGCUGGCAGUGGCCGAUCUCGCGGUGGCGAUACUCGUGAUGCCGUUUAACGUAACCUACCUGCUGCUGGGCAAGUGGAUCUUCGGCAUUCAUCUGUGUAAACUGUGGCUGACGUGCGACGUGCUCUGUUGCACCGCCAGCAUCCUCAAUCUCUGCGCGAUCGCGAUGGACCGUUACUGGGCGAUCACCGAUCCAAUCAAUUAUGCUCAGAAGCGCACCCUCAAGCGAGUUCUUGGGACGAUCGCCGGCGUAUGGAUCCUCUCGGGUGCUAUCAGUUCGCCGCCGUUAGCCGGUUGGAACGACUGGCCGGAGGAAUUGGAACCGGGUACGCCCUGCCAACUCACCAGACGCCAGGGCUACGUCGUAUACUCCUCCCUGGGCUCAUUCUUUAUACCGUUGCUGCUGAUGAGCCUUGUCUACCUGGAGAUCUUCCUGGCAACGCGCAGGAGACUACGGGAACGGGCCCGGCAGAGCAGGCUGGGCCCGGUGCAGUCCACCAGACACCGCGAGACCGACGACGCCGAGGAAUCGGUUAGCUCGGAGACGAAUCACAACGAGCGUUCGACGCCCCGUCUGCAGGCGAAGCCGUCGCUGAUCGACGACGAACCUACCGAGGUAACGAUAGGCGGCAGCGGAACAACCGCGUCAACCAGACGUGGUGCCGGCGUCGGCACCGUUGCCACCUCGGCAACCGUCUACCAGUUUAUCGAGGAACGACAGCGGAUCUCGUUGUCCAAGGAGAGGCGCGCGGCGAGGACCCUGGGCGUCAUCAUGGGUGUAUUCGUUGUCUGCUGGCUGCCAUUCUUCCUCAUGUACGUCAUCGUCCCGUUCUGUCCGGCCUGCUGCCCAUCGGACCGGAUGGUGUACUUCAUCACGUGGCUCGGUUAUGUCAAUAGCGCUCUCAAUCCCCUCAUAUAUACGAUCUUCAAUCUCGAUUAUAGAAGAGCGUUCAGGCGACUACUGCGAAUCCGCUGAGGUUCUUAGGAUUUGGUGAUGCGGAGGAUCCUCGCGAUCGGCCGAUCUCUCGAAUCUCUCGUUCCAGUGACGGCAAGCGAAGCGGAAUCUCGCGGCGAUCGGUUAGUAGUAGUCGUUCUGUACCCGCAAGACUUUCGUCCUAACUAAGUCGAGAGUCAUUAAAUAAGUUCUUCGUCCAGGGAGAAGCGUGUCGCUCGCGCGUAGCCGCACGUCGCAAUUAACAGAAAUUUUGAUGCCUCGCUUACCUCGAGAUCGCUUGUUCGCACAGCUCGUUAUGUUACGUGGUAAAAACUUAAACGCAAAGUCAGCACAAAGACGACGAUGUUACGAAGCGAGA